AGCACAGGCACAGGCCCCCUCCCUCCCUCCCUCAGCCUCUCUCUCAUCGCGUGGUGUGUACAGUGUCCUGCCGCUGCUGUCCCGCAGGGGAGCUCACAGCUACUGUUAGAGCUCAGGCACCCAGGCUCCAUAUCACCCCUUUCGCUGCGCUUCUCAACGGUAUUUUCUUCUCACACCACCCAGCAACAGCAACCAACCAACAAUAUUUAUCUCUCGCACCACCCGCGGUAGCAUCCAGCACCAGCACACCGAUCAGCACCGCCUGCUCGUUCAAUAAUCUUCCAGCUUUCCCCAAACAGCGCCAACCUUUGGCUAUUGGCCUCUGCUUCCUGAUCUGUGGUGGGUCUCCCGGUGUCUCAAUCUCAGUCCAAGAUCAGUGCCAAUCUAUCUCGAGCACCUUUUCUUUUCCCCUUCGGUGCUAGCAAAAAAAAAAAAAUCCCAUCCUUUGACCGCUGGAGCUUGGGGAAAUGGGUUUUGCAGCAGCAUGUUUCUUGAAGGGCAUGCUAUUUUGAUGCAAGAUUUCUAGAUUGUUUUGGCUGCACUGUCCUAGAGCCAGUGAGAUAUUUUGUUUAAACAAGGAAGCAACAGAAUAGGCCGCAUCUAGCUAUCUUCAUUCACAGCUUGUAGCUUCAGCUGUUGCCUGGUGCACGCAUCUGCAGGACUGCAGCCUCUGCUGAAUUGAAUCAAUGGGUAGGGGGAGGGGCAGAGGGAGGAAGCAGCUCACCAAUGGCAGGACCCAUGAGGACAAGGGGAGCAGCGGUGAGGAGGUCGUCGUGCCUGCAAGGAAGAGGAGGGGGCGGCCCCAGAAGCGCGUCGCCGCCGAGAAGAUCAUUGAGGCGGAGGUGAAGAAACUGGAGGAGGCUGAUGACGGCGAUGAGGACUAUGUGGUGGGAGCAGGGGAUGGUGCCAAGCUAAAGGGUUCCACAGGGGUUGGUACCAACAAGAGGAACAGGGUGCCCAAGGAAGAAGAAGAGGGUUCAAAUCUUGACAUGGAGGAGAACAGCUCGAGCACUCGGUCCAGCAAUGAUGAGUCGACCAGGUCCAAUGGGUUCCGGCAAUCUGGUAGCCGCCGGAAGAGCACGCCACGGCGGGCGGCGGAGGCGGGGCUAUAGUUGAAUUCAAAUGGAAUAGAUUCUUGGCUAUCAAUUAGGCAGCUGCUCUUCAAUUUUGCCACCUUCAUAUAUUUUAGUAGUAAUCUUCAAUUUUUGUAAUCUUGGUGUUUGCUAGGUCCUGCAUGAGUGUAAACAUAUACUGAUUGCAAGUCAUCAGAAGUUUUGCUGAUGUUGAAGAAAAUGUAUGAACUACUGGAGCUCCACAUCUAGUUGCUAUAUGCUACUGUAUUAUCCAUGUCGUCUUCUCUUGUGGACAGGUUGAAUAGUGAACUGAUUGGUAAGCACCA